GGGAUGAAUCAAUCGGUGAUUCAGACCUCUAUCGCGAUGAAAUACCGGUUAGUGAUUUGGUCUACAACUUUGACUGGUCGAAAACCCCUUUGGGGCCGAUAAGUAGUUGGGCACCUUCUCUAAAAUCGACUGUGGACCUAUGUCUACAUUCGGUUUUCCCUAUCGCCGUGUAUUGUGGUCCAGAAUUAAUCUUAAUAUAUAAUCAAAUGUAUCGACCCAUACUAAAAACCAAACAUCCGAAAGCAAUGGGUCUCCCAGCAAAAGAAGCUUGGCCUGAAAUUUAUGAUGAGGAUCUCGGUGCAAAAACUGUCGAAAGUUCAUGUCAUAUGGUAGCUGCAACGUUACAUGAUAAUAAUGAAGAUAUACCAUUUGCUUUAAUAUAUUUAAUCGAAGCUGAUGAAACAAAUAACAAAACUCAAAUAGCUCGUCUUGUGUCAACAACUUUUGAUGAAGAUCUUGAAACCAUUGGAGGUGCUGAUGGUGUUGAUGAACUUGUAUUUACCAUAGUAGUACGUACAGGAGACCAUGAAAUUAUUACUUUACCCAAUGAUACUAAGGCAAUUCUAUUGCCAGUUACCACAUCUACAGGAAAGAGUGAAGGGGAUAAAGAUGCAAUGGAUAUUGAUGACGAAUUUGAAAAUGAUUUUAAUAAAAGGAUAUCAAUGAACCUUGAUGAUGAAAAAGCUAAGAAAUAUCAGUUCCCAUUCGAUGAUAUUUCAAACCAAAAUUUUGCAAAUCAUGAAGUUGUAGCAUUUGCAGCAUCAGAUUCCGAUGAACAAAAUAUGAAAGGUUUGAAAUUCCAAUACUCAUAUGGAAGUGAUCUUCAAGCUGAAGGUGAAGCAGGUGCUUCGACAAGUGGUGAAGGCAUUAAACCACUUUUAGAACACAUUAUUAAGGAUUCAUUGGAUUAUAGUCGAGAAACAGAUGUCACUGUCCUUAUGAAUUUCACCUCUGUUCCCGUAACGACAAUAUCUCAUGUCCCUGAUGUAUUAAAUACAUCUACACGUUCUAAACGAGUUUUAAUUGUGGAUUAUUCUGAUUUGUCCCGUCAAACAUUGGUUAAAUUGGUGGAAGGUAGUGUGGAAAGAAUAAAUGCAUUUAGUUCAUGUGAAGAAUGUAUAACUACCGUAAAAUCAUGGAGAGAACAAUAUCAACAUGAAGCAUUAUGUGAUAUAGCAUUUUUCAAUGUUCGGGAAAAUAAUUCUGAAGAAAUUAAAAAUUCUGCCAAGGAAUUACGUAGGAUCUGUGAUGAUAAUUUAUGUAUUGUCCUAAUUGUGUUCUGGUCAGCAAAUGGUAGAACAUUAGGUCAAAAUUUACUUCAAGAAAUUGGUGGUAAAACAUGCAUGAUUUGUAAGCCAGUAAUGCAAAAACGUUUGGUUCAUUGCCUUUACUCAAGAGAUUUUGCAUCUGAAUCUUAUGCUCCAACAACACAUCAUGAAUAUUACAGUUCAGUUAAACCUUUAGCUGACUUGAGAAUUGAAGACUUUUACCGUAACAACAGGCCUCCAUUUAGUGAUGAAACUGUAAAAGAGUCAUCUAACAUGGAGAAAAGUCCAAUGCCUGUAUCUAGUGAAGGAAGUGCGAAAUCUACCAUUGAGAGGAUAAGAAAAGAAGACUUACCUGCAGUGAAUAUACCUACUGCUGAAUCAUCGGUAAAGGAUAAAGGUAAAAGUGUUGAAACAGCACAAUCAGGCACUAAAAGAAUGGCAGAUGAUGAAACAGAAAACGUCACUGCUCCGACUGAUGAUCGCGCAUCAAAAUUCCGAUUUAGACCUGUUUCCAAAUCAAAAUGUAUUUUAUGUGUGGAAGAUAAUCCCAUAAAUCUAAAAGUUAUUCAACAUCAACUUUCAAAACUCGGGUAUCCAUCAUUGUGUGCUACAAAUGGACAAGAAGCUGUAAAUCUGAUAGAAUCAGAGUAUUCAAAUUAUUCUCAGGAUUCUUCAACUUCUGAUGAAUCUAAUCCUGGAAGAAUUGCUUUAAUUUUGAUGGAUUGUGCUAUGCCAAUAAUGUCAGGAUUUGAUGCAUCAAGGGCAAUAAGAACUAUGAAUACACCAAUAUCCAAUGUUCCAAUUAUUGCAUUAACGGCUUCAGCUGUUCAAGGUACAAAAGAACAAUGUUUGGAAUCGGGAAUGAAUGAUUAUCUUACUAAACCAUUGAAAAUUGCCAAACUUAAAGAAAUGUUGGAUCAAUGGCUUGGUAACAACGAGUCAAAUGAGUAA